AUGAAGGGAGAGCGAAUGAGGGAGAGCAAGAGAAAUAUAAACGGCAAGAGCGACUUUUUUCUUUCUAAAUCCAAAUCGAUCUCCUUCCAGACGUACAACAUCGACGCCCAAGUAGGAGGUUCCUCGGCCUGCGCCACCGCCCUCAUGUGUGGCGUCAAGGCAAACGUCAACACUGUAGGCCUGGACAGCACCGGCAAGUUCGAGGAUUGUAAAUCAUCAUACACGGCCGGCGUCUCCUCGAUUAUCGACUGGGCGCAGAAACAUGGCAAGAGCACGGGCAUCGUGACCAACACCCGCCUCACCCACGGCACGCCCUCGGCCCUCUACGCCCGCUCGCCCUCGAGGUACUGGGAGGACGACGCCAAGGUCCCAGUACACGCCCAUGCAACCUGCAAGGACAUCGCGCGACAGCUGGUUGAGAACGAGCCAGGACGAAAUAUCAAUGUCCUGCUGGGGGGCGGCCGGCGUCACUGGAUCCCGAUGACGGAGUUCGACCGCGAGGAGCGAGACCAGCGAGGCCGAAGGACCGACGGGAGGAAUCUUCUCGACGCCUGGGUUCACGACAAGAAGGCCCGAGACCUCAACGCCGAGUACGUGUGGAAUAAGGCGCAGUUCGAGGGCGUGGACGCGCGCCACACGGAUUACCUGCUGGGAAUAUUCGGUUACUCUCACUUGGACUUCGAGGUCGACCGGAACAAGGGGCCCUCGGGUGAUCCUUCACUUAUGGAAAUGACGAUGAAAGCCAUUCAGAUCUUACGUAAAAAUCCUCAUGGAUAUUUCCUUAUGGUAGAAGCCGGCCGAAUAGAUCACGCCCACCACCACAACAACGGGCGGCGGGCGUUGGAGGAGGUGUGUGUGAUGGACGACGCUAUACAGGCCGCCCUCAACACGACAUCUCCCACAGACACUCUCCUCGUCCUAACAGCUGAUCACUCGCACGUGUUUACCUUUGGAGGCGAUAACACUCCCCGGGGCCAUCCUGUGACGGGGUUUGACAGAAAGCUUAGCGACUUGGACGGGAAACCCUACACUACCCUCUUGUAUGGCAAUGGCCCAGGGUACGCUCAUGCCACGCCCACGGGAAGGCAGGAUCUCACGGGGUUCAACACACAGGAUAUCAACUUCGUGCAACAGGCUGCUGUUCCAAGGAAGUACGAGACGCACGGCGGGGAGGACGUUCCCGUGUACGCGUACGGGCCCGGGGCGCAUCUGUUUACGGGCACGAUCGAGCAGACGUACAUCGCGCACGCCAUCGCCCACGCCGCCUGCAUCGCCGACGACAACACCCACUGCGAGAAGCCGCCCAGCGACGACGCCUGCGCCGUCGCGCCCAACCCCGCCCCCGUCCCGACCUCACGCCGCCCAUUCGGCCAGAUCUCGCCCACGGUGGCAGGCCAGAAGCACGCCCGAGACCCAUGGGCGUGGAGUGCUGGCUCGUGGGCGUGGGCAUGGACGACUCACCACGCCCUCGUGCUGGUGAUGCUGCCCCUACUGGUGCUCGGGCUCCAGUGA